AUGCGUCCACUGCGUUCCCUGCCCCAGCAACGUCUCCCAGAAGGGUCGGCGCUGCUGGGGCUAGUGCGGCAGAUAAGGGAACGACGCCCCUGGAACGCGCCACGGCCCGAGGCUGAGCCGCGCUCCACGAGGCCUCCGGGGCGCCGUUCAGUGAGGGGGCGCAAUCGUUUGGCUGGGCCUCGGUUAACUCCGACAGGAAUCCGGACAGGAAACCUGACGCUAGAGAAGCUUCUUGUCCACCUUAGGUACGUCUCAGACUGCAUUUCCCAGAGGACGCCUCGGCGUAACGUGAUUCUCGCGGUAAUUCAGCCUGAAAGUCACGCGCUGGCGGGACCCUUAGGUCUACGCCAGCAACUGUUACAGCGCCGUGGAGGAGCGGGCUGCCGCUUCCGGAGCUCCGAAGGCCUGAGGCAUGGGGAAGCAGCUUGUGCAAACCAGGAGGCUGCUAAUAACUUCAUUAAAGAAUUUAGUGACUAUGUCAAGGCAGAAGGGUUUGUUCCUGAGCAGGUGUUCAACUGCGAUGAGACCGGAUUAUUCUGGAAAAAAAUGCCAGCCAACACCUACAUAACCAAAGAGGAGAAAGCGCUACCAGGGCACAAGCCUAUGAAAGAUAGGCUUACUCUUUUGUUUUGUGCAAAUGCAAGUGGUGAUUGCAAGGUAAAACCCUUGCUUGUCUACCAUUCAGACAAUCCCAGGCCAUUCAAAAGGCACAAUGUAAUGAAGAGUAAAUUGGCUGUGAUGUGGUGGUCUAACACCAAAGCUUGGGUUACCAGACAAUUCUUUACAGAGUGGGUGCGUGAAGUUUUUGCACCUCGAGUGAAGGAAUACCUGGCAGAAAAAAAAUUGCCUUUAAAAUGUCUAUUAGUGAUGGACAAUGCUCCUGCUCACCCCCCAGCUUUAGAGGAAGAUCUAGUUGAUGACUAUAGCUUCAUCAAAGUAAAAUUCUUACCCCCCAACACAACCCCUAUUCUGCAACCCAUGGACCAACAGGUCAUAUCCAAUUUCAAGAAAUUGUACACAAAGGCCCUCUUCCGGAAGUGCUUUGAAGUGACAAAUGACACACAGUUAACUCUGAGGGAAUUUUGGAAAGAACACUUCAACAUCCUAAAUUGUGUAAACUUGAUUGACACUGCUUGGAGUAAUGUCACUCAUCGCACAUUGUAUGCGGCAUGGCGAAAACUAUGGCCUGAAAGGGACGGUGAGGGUUUAGAAGCUGAGUCAGCUCCUGUCGUUGAUGAAGAUGUUGCUGUAGUUGAUGAUAUUGUGGCCAUAGGAAAGACCAUGGGCCUUGACAUUCAACAAGAUGACAUCAACGAACUUGUGGAAGGUCACGCUGCUGAGUUAACCACCGAGGAACUGAUGCACCUACAACAACAGCAGCAGAAGGAUAUGGUGGAAGAAAUUUCUUCUGAGGAAGAGGAGAGAGUGGAGGAUAUUUCUAGUGGCCUUAUUCAUGAAAUGUGUGCAAAAUGGGCAGAAAUCGCAAACUUUGUUGAACAACAUCACCCUGAUAAAGUGGUAGCAAAUAGAGCAGUUAACAUUUUUAAUGACAAUGUUAUGUCCACUUUCCGCAAAAUUUCUGAAAGGAGAAAAAAACAGCAAACAAUUGAAAAAUUCUUCCGUAAAGAAAUCAGACAAGUAACUGCAGAGAAAGAUUCUGAUUCUCCUCAGCAAAAGAUACUGUACAGAGAACAGAAACACCCGAAGAGCAGUUACCCUCUGUUUUUAUUGAAGAGGACUCCCCUUCAAGACAAUAAAGGUUGGUACAGGUACAGUAAAUGA